GAUAUUAGCAACUUUCUUUUUGAGCAGAGGAAAACCAACCCGGAGGGGCCAGUGUGAAUCAUUCACAAUGACUUCUCCAGUGCUUGUCUUGCUCUCAGGUUUUCUCUGCCAUGUUGCUAUUGCAGGACAGACUUGUCCCCAGCCAGAUGAUGUGCCAUUUUCCACGGUUACUCCAUUAAAAACAUCCUAUGACCCUGGGGAGCAGAUAGUGUACUUCUGCAAGCCAGGCUAUUUGUCCCAGGGAGGGAUGAGAAGGUUGACCUGUCCUUUCACAGGAAUCUGGCCCUUAAAUACUCUGAAAUGUACACCCAGAGUGUGUCCUUUUGCUGGAAUCUUAGACAAUGGAGCUGUACGCUACACAACUUUUGAAUAUCCCAACACGAUCAGUUUUGCUUGUAACUCUGGAUAUUAUCUGAAUGGAACUAAUUCAGCUCAGUGCACUGAGGAAGGAAAAUGGAGCCCAGAGCUUCCUGUCUGUGCUCCCAUAACCUGCCCUCCACCACCAGUACCUAAAUUUGCAACACUCAGAAUAUAUAAGCCAUCAGCUAGAAACAACUCCCUCUACCGGGAUAGAGCAGUCUUUAAAUGUUUGCCACAUCAUGCGAUGUUUGGAAAUGAUACAAUUGCCUGCACAGCCCAUGGGAAUUGGACUGAAUUACCAGAAUGCAGGGAAGUAAAAUGCCCAUUCCCAUCAAGACCAGAAAAUGGAUUUGUAAACUAUCCUGCAAAACAAGUUCUUCUUUAUAAGGAUAAAGCCACAUAUGGUUGCCAUGAUACAUAUAACCUGGAUGGCCCGGAAGAAGUUGAAUGUACCAAACUGGGAAAUUGGUCUGCCCAGCCAAGUUGCAAAGCGUCUUGUAAAUUAUCUGUUAAAAAAGCCACUGUGCUAUACCAAGGAGAGAGAGUAAAGCUCCAGGAAAGAUUUAAGAAUGGAAUGCUACAUGGUGACAAAGUGUCUUUCUUCUGCAAAAAUAAGGAAAAGAAGUGUAGCUACACAGAGGAGGCUCAGUGUGUAGAUGGCACCAUUGAAAUCCCCAAAUGUUUCAAGGAACACAGUUCUUUGGCUUUCUGGAAAACGGAUGCUUGGGACAUAAUGCCAUGCUGAAGUCAUCUUCUAAACUGAAUUGCACCCUUUUAUCUGUGUGUUCCAAGGAACCUAGGGGAAGUGAAAAAAUAAAUUUGUUGAAUUUAUUAGCUCACCCA